AUGUUUUUUCUUGGAAAUUCACCCCCUACCUUUACACACCAGAAACUGGUAGAGCUGUGUCCAGGCGUGGAGCAAGGAAAACGACCUCGACAUCAGGAGUCUUACAGUAGUAGUAUCGACGCUGCAGCUAUGGACGCACACCUCGAUGCCCUGGCUGAAACCGUUGAGGAACUAGAGGGUCUCUCCGGCGCUUUCGUAUCUGCCCACCGUGAGCGUGGUCGAGCUCUCGCCUAUCGUCUCACCGCUAUCUUUUCCUCUCCCGAAAAAUAG